CAAGCAACUGUUUUAUCUGUGACGUGAAGCAGCAACCAAACAGGAGCAAUGGCCAAUAAGGGUGGAGUUUGAUGUGGCAUCAUAACUGCUCCUCCCAUUGACCUAAUGUUUUUCUUUCUGUCUUAUUAAUGCUUUUGUGCACUUCUAAGCAAUCCCGGGGAGAGCAACUCUUACCAGACAGAAUCUGGAUUCUUUAUUCAUCAGGUCCGGUAACCUGGCAGUUUCUAUGUGCAGAUGGUCCUGAGUUGCAAAGCUUCUGUCCAUCUCAGAAUUCUUCCAAAUUUAGGGUUGGAGUGAUGAUUAAAUAUUAAGUAAAUCAUAUGGCUAAGCGAGAGAUCGCAGUUGUUGGUGCUGGGUUGAUUGGCCUCUCAACAGCAGUGUACAUUUCAGAAUCUAUCUCCAAGUGCUCUGUGACUGUAAUUUCGGACAAAUUUACUCCCAACACAACGAGCGAUGUAGCAGCCGGAAUGCUUAUUCCACACACUUAUCUAGGCAUACCAAUUCAUCAGCAGAAGCAGUGGAUUAGGGAGACCUUUGACUAUCUUUUUGAAAUCAAUAAUUCAUCGGAGGCUUCAGAUGCUGGCAUUCAUCUGGUGUCUGGCUGGCAGAUCUUUAAAACCAUUCCUGAUGAAGUGUUACCAUUCUGGUCUGAUGUUGUCCUGGGAUUUCGUUCAAUGACUGAAGAGGAGCUGAAGAAAUUUCCACAGCACAGAUUUGGUCAGGCUUUUACUACACUGAAAUGUGACUGCCCGUCCUAUCUGCUAUGGUUGGAGAAAAGGUUGAAAGGAAAUGGCAGCCAGGUGUAUGCAAGACGAAUCAAAGAUCUGUGGGAACUACAUAGCAAAUAUGACAUCGUUGUCAACUGUUCAGGCAUUGGAUCCAGAGAACUCAUGGGUGACUUGGAGAUAUACCCUGUCAGAGGUCAAGUACUCAAGGUCGAUGCUCCUUGGGUGAAUCACUUCAUCCGGGAUGGGGACGGUUUAACCUAUAUCUAUCCAGGAAUACACAAUGUAACAUUAGGUGGGACAAGGCAGAAGGAUAACUGGAGCUUGUCCCCAGAUCCUAGAAGUAGCAAAGACAUAUUUGACAGAUGUUGUGCUCUUGAACCCUCACUUCAAAGAGCCCAGGACAUAAAGGAGAGGGUGGGUCUGAGGCCAUCCAGGUUAGCUGUGAGGCUGCAGAAAGAGAUACUAGUCCAUGAUGGGAAAAAACUGCCCGUGGUCCACAACUAUGGACAUGGUUCGGGUGGCUUUUCAGUGCACAGGGGCACUGCCAAAGAGGCUGCUCGACUGGUGGGAGAAUGCAUUGCUGCUCUGGAAGGCGCCUCUUCAAAGGCAAAGUUAUAAUCACUGGGGCCUCCUUUUCAGUUAUUGGUAGGCUAUAAUAAAUCUACUAGUAAUACCUUUGGAAUGUUAUUCUAUAAGCUGCAUGCCACAUUCUGAACUGCAGCCAAGUGC